AAUGUGCAUCCAACCUUAGAGCAGCCAAUUUCAAUCAUGUAAAGAAAGACGUGAAGAUUGUCUUAAUUCUUCCUGAUGCCAAAUCUCAUCAAAAUCAUCUAAUUGGUGAAUUUUCAGGAUACUCCCAACCACUUGAUAGCCAAGUGAAAGAACACAUCAGGGAAUUGGUUUUUGAUGGUGUCAGGAAAGUGUCCGAAAUGAAGAGGCACCUAAACAUCUUUGUUAAGAGAGAACUUUCUUUGGACAUGCCUAUAACUAACAGAAGAUUUCAUCCAAAUGAGCGAGACAUAAGAAAUCAUAUGUAUUUAGCCUUAACCAAGACAAGGUUUUCAAAGAAUGAUCAACAGAAUUUACAAUGUCUGGUGAGGAAAUGGGAGGCUGAAUAUACAUUGGAUACUUUUUUUUUAAGACUGGGAUCAGAUGGUAAACAAAAAGAAAAAAAUAAUGAUGAUGUUGAGGAAGUUCCCCAGUUUCUUUUUGUUCAUCAAUCGGAAACACAGAAGAGGCUUCUAAAUAUUUAUGGCCAGGAGAUUUGCUUGUUGGAUGCAACAUAUAAAACAUCGAGAUAUGACCUUCCUCUGUUCUUGGUUUGCGUCAAUACAAAUGUUGGAUAUAGUGUUGUAGCGUCUUUUAUAGUUGCUAAUGAGAAUCGCUACACCAUUCAAGAGGCACUCAUUAAAUUGAGAGAUUGGAAUCCCAUGUGGAAGCCCAAAUAUUUCAUGUGUGAUUUUGAUUUGAGAGAAAUUUGGGCGCUUGAACAAACAUUUGAAGGUUUAAUGGUGUAUCUUUGUGACUUCCAUAGGGAACAAGCCUGGCACAGAUGGCUAAGAGAAAUUAAGCAUGAUUGCAUUGAUGAGAAAGAUGAAAUUAAAAAAAUGUUAAGAGAAAUAGCUGAUGCUGAUUCUGCAGAGUCAUAUGCAAAUGCUUUGCAACAAUUAAGAAGCAGUGAUAUUUUCAAGGCAAAGGUCUCCUUGAGAAAUUGGCUCGAAAACAAAUGGCUCCUGAACUGCAAGAGAUGGUCAAAACUUUUCAGAAAUUCACUCUUUAACAUCAGAGUGAAUACAACCAAUGGCCUUGAAAGACAACACAAAGAACUCAAGGAAAACUACUUGACAGAGUAUAUAGAUAAAUCUCUGUCAAGUAUGGUGACAUCAUUGGUAACCAAAUACUUACCAGAUAGUUAUGAGAGGUAUAAAGAAUACAACAUUCAGUCCUUGGAUAACUAUAGAAAGUAUUCUAAUGAUGUUCCAGAGUUUUUAAGAAGCCGUCCAAGAAAAUUUGUUGACCAUUGUUUAGCCAGAAUUCCACCUGCGGCUACACUGAUCCCCAUUGAAAAUAUGGAAGAAGUUAACCAUGAUCUGCUGGUUAGAAGUGUUGAGUCUGACAAUUUAUACCAAGUUAGACUCAAUGAUGAUUUACCAAAAUGUUCAUGUCCAGAUUGGAGAAAACAUCACUGGCCAUGUAAGCAUAUGCUGGCAGUCAUGAUGAACAUGCCAAACAAAGAUUGGAAUACACUGCCAGAGUACUACAAAGCAACCCCUCAUUUCAACAUUGAUUUUGGACUUCUGGAAACAAACAGAACAGAAACACUGAUUGUUAACAAUGCAAGCAGCUCAAUGAAAGAUGAAUGCCAACAAGAUUCAACUGCUUGCAGAGAUAACACAGUAGAAAAUUCCUCUUCCAAAGCUCGAAACUUAUGUUUAGACAACAUUAAACAAAUUACAUCUAAUUUAUUUUGUAUUAAUAACAGCCAAUACCUAGAAGAGUUAAAUAAUAGACUGGCAGUGUUGGUUAAGGAAACGGAAAUGGAAGCACCUCAUCAAAAUGGUCUACGAUUAAAUUUGCCUGCUACCAAAAAGAAGACCAUAAGUAGAAAGCAGAAAAACAACCUUCAGCAAAAAAAAAGCAAUUUCACAAGACGUCUUACCAAGAGAUCUGCAAGCAUAAAAAAAGUGCCAUUUAUGCGAAGACCACAUUGGAGAAAGUACACAAAGACACUAUCACCGGUUAAAAUGAGUUCAAAUGUAUAUUCUGCAGGGCUAUGCAAUGAAGAGUCAAAGAAAUCAAUGACAAUCAGCCUCACAGAAAUAGAUAGAAGAAAUGCAACUGACUUGUUGAGAAAAAUUCAGUCAAUUGGAAAUGCAUCCCAUUAUAUUCUGGCCAAGGUUUAUGGGGUAAAUGUAACAGACAUUGAUAUCGCAUCACUUUUUGGGAAUCGUUGGUUGACUGAUCAGGUUAUUGAUGCCUACUUGGCUGUACUUUGUCAAGCACAACAAGACAAUGGAAGAAAUAUCUUGCAUAUAACUGCUGCAGUAAUGACCAACAUAUGCAAAGGAGAUUCAAUUGGAAAUCAGAAUCUAUUCCAAACGAAAAUCUUAACAGAUUAUGAGAUGAUAUGUGGAGUAUAUAAUCAAGCAGGGAAUCACUGGGACCUAGUGAUAUUAACACCAACUGAUGGACGAAUACAGUUUUACAAUCCAAUGGGUUUCGAGGCACCAGUUGCGUAUCAAGUUCAAAGAAACUGGAGUGACUAUUUGGCAUAUAGAACCCACUUAUUUGCAGAAAAAACAAAAGAAUGGAAAUUGUAUGUUGAAAAACAUGCUUUGCAGUUAGAUGGUUACAAUUGUGGUGUAUAUUGUUUAAUGUUUGCAGAGAGAAUACUGUCAAAAAAAGAAUUAACAGGCAUUACACAAAUAGAGGUCCAGGAAAAAAGGAAAGAAAUUGCAGAGACCUUAUUACUGUAUGAAGUUUAUAUGAAAGAUGCUUGUCCCUGCUGUGGAUUUAAUGUUCAAGAACAGCCUUGUAUUGGUUGUUUAAUUUGUGGUAGACACUUCCAUAAACUUCCUUUCUGUGUUGGUGAGAGCCUUGCCAAGGAAGAUGCUAAUUUUUUCACUUGCAAGAUGUGCGAAAACAAUAUCAUUCCAGACACAAUAGAUUUAGGUGGAAUAUUGGAAGAAAAGCCUGUUAAAGAUUCAAUUAAUCCAGAUCAAUACUGUGAACCAAAACCAGAAAUGAAGAAGACUUUUACCGGAACAACUGCCCUGUUUGUGAAAAACCUCAUUGAAUCUAAAUUUUCAGAGGAGAGUAUAGAGAAUUUCUUUGAUAAAAUAUCAAUCCUUGAUGUAAGAGAUUGCUGGCUCUCUUUGGUUGACACGUUCAUGGAAAUUAAAGAAAAUCUUCCUUUCAAUCCUGAAGAUGUGAAAUGGAAAGUUCCUGAAUGCAGAAGAAAACUAUUUUCGAUGGGAGAGUUUGGUGAUGGAUACAUAGAGAACAUUCCAACUAAAUACAUAAGAGACCAUGUUUAUCCAAUUAAAGUCCAAACCAAAGCUUCUUGGACAAUUUUCAGUGGACUGUCUGUCUUCAUUUUUGGAACUGAAACCAAAGCUCAACAAAUUAGACUUGCCAUUGUCUGCACAGAGUUUUCAGAGAUAGAUAAGACGCAAAAUUACAAUGAUAAGACAAUUAUUCAGAUGGAGCUGAAGAAAAUGGAUAAUUUCUGCAAAGAUGAAGAUAUCUUAGGUUUGUUUCACCUUAGGUUCAUUCCAAUGGCAUUCAAGUUGAAUGUUUGUAUUCACAAACGACUUAAUGGCAUCGAAGAAACAUUCAGACAUGAAUGCCAGGAACCAAAUGGAACGGUUGAAUUCUUGUCCAUGCAUCUGAAAAAGGAGCCUUGUGUGUCAUACCACCUACUUGUAGAUGGUAUUUUUAUCUUCAACAGAGGACCAGAACUAAGAGAACAAUGUGGGGCAAACCAGUUUGGGCUCUGUCAAGGUCGAUCAGAGUCCUACAUUCAGUGUGGUAAAUGCUUACAAAAGUACCAUAGACAGUGUGUCAUUGUUGAAGUUGAGACUUUUGCAUGUGGUUGCCACAUAGAAAGGCCACUGAAAAGUAGAAAUGAAAGAAUUUAUAGAUGCAAAGAAGAAUUUAUGAAACAUGUGAAGAGUCUUGAUAUUAAAAAAUUGGUAUCAGAUAUUUCUUGUGAAAAUAUUAAUUCUGCACGCUGGCAAACCAUGAUUGGAACUAACCCAAAAGAAAAACAGAUAUGGAAAGAUGGGAAUAACAUGGUUCUAACAAUGACUGGGGCACCUACAGAAAUAACAAAUUAUGUAAUUCAGCAAACUAAUUCAAAGUCAUUAAGCGCAAAAGGAUUUGUUAUGGAUGUCUUUGCGCCAGAGGCAGUGGUAAAAGUAAUUAUGAUGGUAGAAAACAUCAACAGAAUGCGUGCAGAAUUAUUCCUGCUAAAAGAUAUAAGUGCAAAUUAUGAAUGUAGUAACACCUCAAAGAUAUAAGGCCUUCUUAUGUAAUUUUUAUAUGUUUACAGUUUGUGAAUGAAAUGAGUCAGUAAUGACAAAAGUAUUUCAAUAGGUUUACUAUUUGUGACUAAAAUGAAUCAGUAAUGACAGAGUAUUUUAGUAACGACUGUAUUUCAAUAGGUUUACUAUUUGUGACUAAAAUGAGUCAGUAAUGACAGUGUACUUCAAUAGGUUUACUAUUUGUGACUAAAAUGAGUCAGUAAUGACAGAGUAUUUCUGAAGAUUUACUAUUUGUCACUUAAAUGAGACAUUAAUGACUAAACAAUUUGUUUGUGUCAAAAAAAAGUCAGUAAUGACAAAAUAUUUCAAUAGGUUUACUAUUUGUGACUGAAAUGAGUCCGUAAUGACAAAAUUUACUAUUUGAGACUAAAACGAGUCAGUAAUGACAAAGUAUUUCAAUAGGUUUACUAUUUGAGACUAAAAUGAGUCAGUAAUGACAGAGUAUUUUAGUAACGACUGUAUUUCAAUAGGUUUACUAUUUGAGACUAAAAAUAGUCGGUAAUGACAGUGUACUUCAAUAGUUUUACUAUUUGUGACUAAAAUGAGUCAGUAAUGACAGAGUAUUUCUGAAGAUUUACUAUUUGUCUCUUAAAUGAGACAGUAAUGACUAAAUAAUUUGUUUGUGUCAAAAAAAAGUCAGUAAUGACAAAAUAUUUCAAUAGGUUUACUAUUUGUGACUAAAAUGAGUCAGUAAUGACAAAAAAUAAUUCAAUAGGUUUACUAUUUGUGACUGAAAUUAGUCAGUAAUGACAAAAUAAUUAAAUAGAUUUACUAUUUGUGACUAAAAUGAGUAAGUUAUGACAGAGUAUUUCAAUAGAUAUAGUAUCUGUGACUAAAAAUGAGUCAGUUAUGACAGUGUUUGUCAUUAAUGACAAAGUAUUUCAAUAGGUUUACUAUUUGUGACUAAAAAUUAGUCAGUGAUGACAAAAUAUUUCAAUAGGUUUACUAUUUAAGACAAAUAUGAGUAAUGACAAAAUGAUUCAAUUGGAUUAUUUGUGACUAAAAUGAGUCGGUAUUGACAGUGUAUUUCAAUAGGUUUACUAUUUGAGACUAAAACGAGUCAGCAAUGACAAAAGUAUUUCAAUAGAUUUACUAUUUGUGACUUAAAUGAAUCAGUAAUGACAGAGUAUUUUAGUAACAACUGUAUUUCAAUAGGUUUACUAUUUGUGACUAAAAAUAGUUGGUAAUGACAGUGUACUUCAAUAGUUUUACUAUCUAUGACUAAAAUGAGUCA